UUCUUCUUCUCCACCCUUCCUCUGCAACAACUCUCUCUCUCUCUGUCUCUGUCUCUCCAACUCCCAUUAAGCAGUGAUCCUCAACUCAGAGCAAACACAGUCCCUCUCUCCUAGGCCCAACUCUCUCUCUUUCUCUCUCCAAUUCCAUUUACACAAACACAAUCUUCAGUUCCCUGUUUCAACUUUCUAGCUCAUGCGUCUCCAUCCAUUUUGUUAAAUUCAUCCAUUUUGUCAUAUUUUGUGGUUUUUUGGUCUCUGUUUCUUUAAAUUCUGGCGAUGAUCCCAAAUUCUGGCCUGUAACAUUCACCCGAAAACGCCAUGGGCAACAAAUUCUGCACCUGUUUCACUGGAAUCCGGCCGUCAAAACCAGAAGAGCCUCUUCCCUCUUCUGACGAAGGUUUAGGCCACUCCUUUUGUUAUAUAAGGCCGGAGCCCAAUGGACUUUCGUCUUCUAAAGUUCACUCUGAGGAAACAGCAAAUAAUUUGAGGCCAGCCCCAACUACAAAUAAUUUGAGGCCGGCCCCAACUACUUUUCGAUCGAUUUCAGGAGCCUCUCUUAGUGCCAAUACCUCAACUCCUCUCUCUACUGCUCCUUCAUGGCAAGCUUCUCGCUUUGAUCGAUCCUCUGUUUUCGAGAGCUCUGAUUCUUUCGCCUCUAUUCCUCUGCAGCUUGCUCACCCACAAAGCUUUUCGGGUGCUCUUUCUGGCAAUCUUAAUGGUGGGGUUUGUGAUCGAAAGUUUCUCUCGGGUCCUAUAGAGAGAGGAUUUCUCUCUGGUCCUCUUGAUCGAAACUUCUGUUCGGGUCCAAUCGAACAAUUUCAGAGGUCCCUCUCUCAUAGUGGAGCUAGGCAUCUUCGCCGCCAUGGCUCUGCGAUCAAGAAGGCCAUUAAAGGAGCUCUAGCUCGAAGCAAGAGCUCAAUAGUUACACCUCUUAAAUCUGUUAAUUCUUUGGUCAUGGCCCCUAAAGUUCUGAAAACCCCUUCUUUUUUUUUGGGUAAUUUGAAAACCCCUAAUUCAAUGAAAGAGAGUGAUACAACAAUAAGUAGUAGUGUUAAUUUGAGUAGUGACCUCAGCUUAGAAGACGAUCAUUCAUUUGAGAGCCAGAAUUUACAGUGGGCUCAAGGGAAAGCAGGAGAAGAUCGAGUUCAUGUGGUAAUAUCAGAGGAGCACGGAUGGCUUUUUGUUGGGAUUUAUGAUGGUUUUAAUGGCCCUGAUGCUCCUGAUUUCUUGCUCUGUAAUUUAUAUUCAGCUGUUCAUAGAGAGCUCAAGGGUCUUUUAUGGUCAGAAUCUCAUGGAUGUUGUAGCUUUGCGGACACGGUGGAAAAUCCAGAUGGGAAACAAGGUGAAUUUAGACAAGCGGUUUUGGAGAACUCUUCUUACUCGGUUUUUGCAGUGGAGAAGAUGAGAGAGAAAGGGCAUUGCCGGUCGAAAGGGGAGAGAGUCGAUGAAUCUGAGGUUUUGAGAGCUUUGGAAGAGGCUUUGAAGAAGACAGAAUAUGGGUAUUUGGAGAUGGCUGAUGAGAAUGUUAUGGAGAAUCCAGAGCUCGCUCUAAUGGGAUCUUGUGUUUUGGUCAUGUUGAUGAAAGGGGAGGAUGUGUUUUUGAUGAAUGUUGGGGAUAGCAGAGGCGUUCUGGCUCGGAGACCGAUCAACGAAGGCUCGCAAGAGGAAUGGUUUUUGGGAGAGAAAGAAUCGAGUUUGGAGGCAGUUCAACUCACCCUGGAUCACAGUACCUGCGUUACAGAGGAAGUCGACAGAAUUAGAAGAGAGCAUAAGGAUGACUCCUGCGCUGUAUUCAAUGGGAGGGUGAAAGGUUCACUCAAAGUCACUAGAGCUUUUGGUGCAGGCUUCCUUAAACAGCCUAAAUGGAAUGAUGCGCUUCUAGAGAUGUUCAGAAUAGACUAUGUGGGUGAGAAUCCAUACAUAACUUGUGAGCCAUGGCUCUUCCAUCAUAGAUUAGGACCGAGGGAUCAGUUCAUGAUUCUCUCUUCAGAUGGGCUUUAUCAGUACUUCACGAAUGAGGAGGCAGUUGCUGAAGUCGAACUCUUCAUUGACAACUCACCGGAUGGAGAUCCCGCCCAACACCUGGUUGAAGAAGUCCUUUGCCGUGCAGCCAAAAAAGCUGGGAUGGAGUUGCACGAGUUACUGGAAAUUCCCCAUGGUGAUCGUCGGAGAUACCAUGACGAUGUAUCAAUUAUCGUUGUCUCUUUGGAGGGAAGAAUAUGGAGAUCCAGUGUGUAAAUUACAGUUCGUAGUAGAAUAGAAUUUCCUUCUUAUUUUUUUAUCACUUCAAUUUCAAAAGAAGAGAUAGUGAGAGAGAGAGAGAGAGGUGAGAGAUCCAAAUGAAAGUUCUGGGCCUUAAGCUUUUUUUCCCCAAUACUUACCAUUGUAUCAUAGAGCCCUCUUUCGGGGGCAGGCCUAUCGCACCCAUGUGAAUGUAGAGAGGUAGAAUGAUAAAUGUAAUUGUUUCAUAUAAA